AUGGCGACCUCCACCGCCUCCCCCUCCUCUCUGACCGCCCCUCUCCUUGGCCCCAAACCCAGCCCCAAUCCGCCCCCCAGAUCCCUCCCGCUCCUCAGGAAUCGGAGGUGCGCUAGGUCCGUGGCCGCCUCUGCCGGCGGCGGCGGAGUGGGACUGCACGGGGCUGCUCACAGGCGCGGGAUUUGGUCGAUCAGGGACGACUUGCUGAUGCCUAGGUCGCCCUACUUCCCUGUGGAGGCCGCGGGGCAGGAGCGCGGGCCCUCGCCCAUGGUAAUGGAGCGGUUCCAGAGCGUCGUCAGCCAGCUCUUUCAGCACAGAAUUAUCCGAUGCGGCGGUCCUGUGGAGGAUGAUAUGGCCAACGUCAUUGUUGCGCAGCUGCUAUACCUGGACGCCGUUGAUCCUAACAAGGAUAUCAUUAUGUAUGUGAACUCUCCAGGAGGAUCAGUGACAGCUGGGAUGGCCAUAUUUGAUACAAUGAAGCAUAUCAGGCCUGAUGUUUCGACAGUUUGUAUCGGACUUGCUGCAAGUAUGGGUGCUUUUCUACUUAGCGGUGGGACGAAAGGGAAGAGGUACAGCUUACCUAACUCAAGAAUAAUGAUCCAUCAGCCUCUUGGAGGAGCCCAAGGACAAGAGACCGACCUUGAGAUCCAGGCCAAUGAGAUGCUGCACCACAAGGCCAACUUGAACGGAUACCUAGCAUACCACACUGGGCAGCCCCUGGAUAAGAUCAAUGUAGAUACUGACCGUGACUUCUUCAUGAGCGCGAAGGAAGCAAAGGAGUAUGGCCUUAUUGAUGGAGUAAUCGUGAACCCUCUUAAAGCGCUGCAACCACUUCCAGCUUCCAGUUAG